AUGUCCUCAGAUCCCCUCUCAAACUUCGGUUGUCUGGAUGAGCUAAUUCAGGUGAUAUACCAAAGUGUUAACCGAUUUGUAGUACUUUCGACCGUCUCUGACGAUAAAUGGAAUAUUCAUCUCGGACUCUGUGGGCCAGAAGGUCGGUGGUGGCAUGGAAGCUGGACUGCAGCCGAUGUAGUCAAAGUCAUCGUAUGUCCACUCUUCGAGGCAGCUGAAGUGCCAAAAACUAAAGCGGUCGAGCAGGGAUCGAAAGCAUCAGAUCAUCUGAUAGAGAGUUUUGCUGAAAAGCUCGCGGAGGCGUUUGCUGAAGGCGAACUUGUCGUCGGAAAUUGGAGUUCUGAUGAAGGUGCAGAAAUUAAGGUGAACCUCCAUCGCACUGGUUAG